CCGGUUAAAUAUGUCCGAGCAGGAAAUCGAGGGACAAACCGGUGAAACUUCCUCGAUCCGGCCACAAUUUGGAAACCGAUUCCUUUCCGAGGGUGACGACGUGUUCCAGCAUAAUGCUUGGUAGGAUAUCUCGACUUUCGACUCUUGUGCGCUACUUAAACGCGCGGUACCGAUCAGCCAGCAGCGCAACACGACUUCCGGUCGGUGCGGAUUAUGAGCAUACCCGGCACCGGAAGAAGCCGGCCGGUGGUGGCGAUCGGUUCCUGCGUGAUCCUACGCAGGUGUUCGAUUACAACUCAUGGGAUAACAUCGAGUGGGAUGAAGAGCAGGAGCAGGCGGCGUUGGAUGGAGUGAAGAAAAACUCAACAGUUAAACUUUCGCCGGAAGAGGUAGAGCGACUGUCCACGGAGGCUGACCAAAACUGGGAUCGUUUCUACGGCAUCCACCAGAAUCGUUUCUUCAAAGAUCGCCACUGGCUGUUUACCGAGUUUCCCGAACUGGCACCGAAAGCAAAGCCCGGCAGCGAUGUACCACAAAGGGUAUUACCGGGAGGUGAAGUACAACCGGAAGUCAGCACAGUUCAAACACCGGAUCCGUGUGAACGAAGGACCAUAUUUGAGAUCGGAUGUGGUGUCGGGAACACCGUUUUUCCGAUACUAAAAUACAGCGAUGAAGAUAACCUGAUGGUGUAUGCGAGCGAUUUCUCCAGCCAGGCUAUCGAGAUUCUACGGCAAAGCCCGGACUACGAUACAAAACGGUGUCAGGCAUUCGUGCUUGAUGCGACGGCCGAUCGGUGGGACGUUCCCUUUGCGGAAAACAGUAUCGAUAUCGUGGUGCUGAUCUUCGUUCUCUCUGCCAUCGAUCCGGAACGAAUGCAGCAUGUGGCUAAUCAAAUCGCUCGUUACCUUAAACCGGGUGGAUUGCUGUUGCUACGGGAUUACGGACGGUACGAUUUGGCGCAGUUACGCUUUAAACCGGGCAAAUGUUUGAAGGACAACUUCUAUGCGCGCGGCGACGGAACGCUCGUGUACUUCUUCACGCAGGACGAUCUACGAACGCUGUUCUCGAAGGCGGGUCUCACCGAGGAGCAGAACAUUGUCGACCGAAGGUUACAGGUGAAUCGGGGCAAAAUGAUAAAAAUGUAUCGCGUCUGGGUGCAGGUCAAGUUUCGCAAACCUUCUACGUCCUGA